AAGACUUUAGACUCCCGACCCCUGUGUAUCACUCGCGCUUUUCUACCUCUGUCGAUUUCACAGCAGAACCAAGGUCAUACCCAGCGCUUCUCAUACCCCUCCCUCACCAUGGCGGACGACAAGGCGCCCAACCCUGAGGAGUCAGUGAGCCCCGCAGGGAGCACACCCCCAAUGACGUCCAGACAGGCUGCACAGCGCCGGUUGCUAGCAGCUCUUUUGACUGCAGAUAGGCUUAAUGGACGCCUGAACAAGAUUUUAUCGACAUCAGCUGGCCAAGAACGACUCUUCGCCUUCAUCCAAUACACUUCCCAUAUCCUCCACCACCUGCUUGCGUCCGCGCCCUGGGUCGCGCUCCAAACCCGCCUCAGCCUCCUUGCGCGUCUCCGCUCAAGCAGCAGCAGCAGCCCCAGCGCCUCAGCCUCAACCGGAAAAGCAGCAGCCCCAUCAACAGCGACACAGAAACCCCGGCUCCUCGCCCUGUACUCCCUCAUGUCCGAAGCCCGAUAUAUGCUGCGCCUCCUCGAUCUACCCACACUCAUAGCUUGGGGCUCCGCGACGCUGAAAUCGCCGCCAGCGGACAAAACCAUGUACGCCUUGACUCUCCUCCAAGUUCUCGCAAACAUCAUCUACCAAGCACUCGAGAACGCCGCUUUCCUCACGACGAAAGGUGUCAUACCUGAGCAGUUCCUCAAGCGCUGGGGUGGGGCCGCAAAGGUGGAACUCUGGAGCACGAGGGCUUGGCUUGGUCAUAUUGUACUUCAGUACUUUGUGCUUUGGAGGGCAAGGGAAUUGCGGAAGAAGGCGGAGAUUGAGGGGUCGUCGGAGGAGAAGCAGAAGGAGCUGAAGGCGGAGGUAAGAGCUUGGAAGAAGAGCUUGGUGAACAAUGUUUGCUGGACACCGUUGUGCCUGCAUUGGAGUUUUGAGAAUGGAAUUGGGUUCCCAGGGUCUUUGGUAGGCGUUGGGAGUUUCAUGGCCGGGGCUUGGGGUUUCGCAGAUUUGUGGGCCUCUACUGCGUAG